AUGUUUCCAAACGCGCCUGGAACUCAAUCUCUAAGGUUUAGAGGUCCGACUACAGCUUCUUCUGAUGCUGCAAAUGCAAGUGAAAAAUUAAAGACUGGGGCUGGAAAGAAAGUUAUAAAAGAUACUUUGAUACGUGAACAACUUAAUCGAUUUUGUGGUGCAAUGUAUACUGCAAUCUCAGAUUGUGAUGAAACUUAUAAUUAUUGGGAACCACUUCAUUAUUUGAUUCAUGGUCAUGGUUUUCAAACUUGGGAAUAUUCUCCUCAAUUCUCGAUCAGGUCUUGGGCUUAUAUUUUGAUUCAUACUUUUCCUGCUUGGAUUGCAAGUAAAGUUUUCACUUUGGAUAAACGACCUGGAUUCUUUGCUAUCAGAGCUGCUUUUGCUUUGAUCUCGUCUUAUUGUGAAGCUAAAUUAUAUCGAGCUAUUGCUGAUCAUAUCAAUCUUAGAGCUGCUCGUUAUUUCUUGGCAAUCUCACUCUUUAGUGCUGGAAUGUGGAAUGCUUCGACUGCUUUCUUACCUUCGACUUUUGCUUUACAUGCAAUCACUUUAGCAUACUCUUAUAUUCUUGAACCAGUCAGUUCGAAACCCGAAGCUUCAAAACGUACAUUCAAUGCAGUCUUCUGUUUGGCUACAGCUGUGAUCCUUGGUUGGCCAUUUGUAGGAGUCUUGGCUUUACCUUUUGUAUUUGAAGAACUCAGUAUGUCAGGUGAAGAUGAAAUCAUGCCGGCUUCUCGUCCAGUAUGGGCGAUGCGUAGAUUUCAGAGACUUUUUAACUCUGGAAUCAUGGCACUUGUUCUGAUUGCUCUACCGGUCUUUCUCAUCGAUUCUCUCGCUUAUGGUCAACUCGUCUUCGUACCUCUCAAGAUUAUCCUUUAUAAUGUCUUUCCGACUCAAGGUAGUGGUCCUGAACUCUAUGGUGUCGAGCCUUGGUAUUAUUACUUCCUCAGUCUUGGUCUCAACUUCAACAUCGUCUCAAUCCUUGCUCUUGUAUCUCUACCUUGUCUUUGGCUCACGAAAACGUUUUCACCUACCGUUGGACUUAGACUUGGAACACGUCUUAGACAUGCACAUCAAUCCACGGCUUCUGAUUUAUUACUGAUCCGUCUUGCACCUGUUUACAUUUGGAUUGCAAUCCUGAGUCAACAACCUCAUAAAGAAGAAAGAUUUAUGUAUCCGAUUUAUACUUUGAUUUCAUUUAAUGCUGCUGUUACUCUUUCACUUGUCAGAGGUUGGUUUGAAGACGCUUUUGUCAAAGCUACUGCAUCUCCCUACCGCGCUGGUCGAACAAGUCUCUUUGGUCUAUUCACACGUUCGAUCCUAGCUAUUACCAUCUUCAUCUCAGCCGCACGAAUCUUUGCGAUUCAAAGAUACUAUCAUACACCAUUAGAUAUAGUCUUUCAUUUCCAAUACAAUGAAUUACCUGUUCGAGCCAUUCAAAGUUACCCAUCAUUUUAUCAAAAUUUAAAAUUAAAUACAUCCUUACCGAUCUUAGAAGCAUUAGAAUUUGCAGAAGAGACUGUAGAUCUAAGUGUCUUGAAAAACGAAAGAUUGAAUGUUUGUUUAGGUUCUGAAUGGUAUAGGUUUCCUAAUCGGUUCUUGAUACCUAAUGAGAUUGAUGUGAAGUUUAUUGAUGGUGGGUUUAAAGGACAAUUACCUGGUAGAUUUUUGAAUGAUGAAGAUGAACAGCUUAAGAAGAUUAAACUGUCACAGGAUGAGAUGGCUUUGGAUCGGUUUUGGCCUUGGCUUGGAACUAGGAUGAAUGGUAGUUCAUUUAAUUCGUUGAACUUACCUGAAUCUGAUCGAUUAGUUGAUGUAGAAAAAUGUGAUUAUGUGAUUACAUUAUUGAAUGAUGAGAUUUUAAAACAAGAAUCAAAAGAAUGGGGAGAAAUUUGUAAAUGUGAAAAGAUUUUAGAUAAUCCAAGAUCGAAUUGGUUGAGUAGAUUGAUUUGGAUUCCAUUUGUGAAAGUGUUUGAUGAUCUUCAAGAUGGUGGAUUGAAUAAGUUUUCAAAACUUUGUUUGAUUAAAAAGAAAAGCCUUGUUGGAUCAUCAGAUUAA